AUGAUCCUCCAUGAAGUUCUAAGGCUCUAUUCACCAGCUUACUUCACAUGUCGGAUAACUAAACAAGAAGUGAAGUUAGAGAGAUUCUCUUUACCCGAAGGAGUUGUGGUCACAAUACCAAUGCUCUUGGUGCACCAUGAUCCUGACCUUUGGGGAGACGAUGUGAAACAGUUUAAGCCCGAGAGAUUCGUUAAUGGCGUGGCGGGUGCAACCAAAGGAAGACUCUCCUUCUUGCCAUUUAGCUCGGGCCCUCGGACUUGUAUCGGUCAAAACUUUUCCAUGUUGCAAGCUAAACUCUUCUUGGCAAUGGUACUUCAAAGGUUCAGUGUAGAGCUCUCUCCAUCGUAUACUCAUGCUCCUUUCCCAGCUGCAACUACAUUUCCACAACAUGGAGCUCAUUUGAUCAUCCGAAAAGUUUAG